UUUCAGUGAAGUACUGCAUGGAUUCGCGUUCCUCCUGGGAUGUCCCUCUCUCGAGGCAAGCGGCUGAGUCCUGAGCUCGUUCUCAGUAGAAGUCGAGAAGCUGGAUGCAUCCUGGAAUGAUCGCAAGGAUUUCUCUCGCCCCAGUUUGCCAUAAUUUAGCGUUGCGUUAGCGAUCAAGCGAGCAUUCCAAUUGAAUAUUUCAAACUCCCGCUCCAUGUUACUUGGACCCUUCUUAGACAUGUUAAAUGGAGCGCGCAAACCUGAUCACGGAUACGGUCGAAAAACUCACGAAACCCGAGUAAGUCGCAUUGAUUUGCGCACUCAAUGCGUCGAAGAUCGCACGUAGGCGUGUGACACAAAAUUCACUGUCCAAAUAUGCUAGUGUGCAAAUAAACGUUGCGCAGAAAUAACUUUUUCUACGCAGGUGAGAACGCCAUGCAUAAUUACUAAACCGCUCUGUUUUAAUUAAUACUUCGUUAACAGUCCGAGAAACUGUCCGAAGAAACGGCGCGAAAUUAAAGUCACAGCACAAUGGCACAUUCCAUGAAGACGCAUUAACGAAACGAUCGCCCUCAUAACAAAUUCGUGUCCGACUCGACCAAGGAUAUCCUAACCGGCUCACGUCACUGUUCGACAAGAAAAUAAGGGCAGGAUUGAUGAAAGCGUUCAAGAAAGUCGUGCCAAAAAGCAGACAAGAAGUCAACGCGCAAAAAAUGCGUAACGCUCGUCGAGCGAGGGGCGUCUCCAAUGUGUGAAGACGGCGGGGAGCACGAGUUCCAAGUCACGGCACUGCGCGUUCCAAAGAAUGUGCACGGGGCGAGAGCAAUUCUCGCCUAGAAAAUGCGCUUCGUCUAGCCUCGCGAACGGAGCACCACUGUCUCACGAGGCUGCAUUCCCUCCAACCAGCUCAAAAGACCAAUGUUUGUAGUAUUGCGAAAUGUUACAAUUAACGGCUUGCUGACUCGCGACUUGCGGGCGUGGAGAGGAGAGGAUAUGAGGAGCGCGGGAGAAUAACUGAUUGGAGCACUAAAGCACUGUACUUAAUAAGAGUUAUAGUUUUUUUUUUAUUACCACAAGCACUGUACAAUGCGUUCAUCGGACGCUCUAUGGUAACGUACGCGUUCGGAGCGGAUCGCACGACGGUUUGCAAUGAAAAAUCGGUUUUAGAAAUAGCGUGUUAUCGUUUCGAGCACUCGAGCGAAUCUGCUGAAUUUUGCCGCUUGGCCAGGAAAAUAGGAAAAAAGGAGGCGAAAGAAGGCAAGCGCCUUUGUUUACGAAUGAAUGCGGCCUUUAGUACGCGCUGUUUGCUCGCAAAUAAUACGAUUCCAACUCGCGAAUAAUAUACGAUUCCGAGCCGUAUUCGGCAAGUGCCUUAACAAUUUGUUUAAAUAAGAAUGCAACUAAAAAAUAUGUCAAUAUAAUACAAUAAUUAAAUUAAGUGCAAAAAAAUUUUUAUUAAAAAAACAUUUAAAAAACAUUUAAAAAAUAUUGUCUGUUCAUUGGGAUGUAGAUUAAGGUUUCUUCAUUCAUAGAUCUAUUUUGUCUAUCGAUACCGUUGUAAAAUUCUUUGAUACGAUUAAUAUUUGCCCUUACUUUUCUUGUCUGAAUGUAUAACCAUUUAUAUUAAAGAAUUUUACAACAAUUGCAAAGCAGUAUUUUCCGCUAAACGCACCCAAUUUUGGAUGAUAUAUGAGCAGCGUUUCUAAAUCUUUAUAUGUUUGAAAUUGUAAAAUUAACAUUUAAUUAUAUUAUAUAAUAUGUCAAAGAAAUUUUUUUAUUUUAUUUUUAUUCAUAAGGGAUUAAGUAUGUGAUAAAUAUGAGAUUAAUUAUUUAAAAACAAUGUAUAAUUUUAAUUUUAUUGAUCUUUAUGAUUCAGAGUAGUUGUAUGUAUUAUAGGCCUGUUUUUUAUUGCUAAAGUAGUGCACAUUCUGCGUUAAAAAUAAUAUUUAGACAUAUGUUUGAAAUUUUAUGAAAGCAAGAAGAAAAAGCUAAUGCAGUCCAAUGCAGCAAUAAAAACAAAUCCUACAUAUACUUAAUUUCUUGAUACAAUACAAACGUUUUUUUUUAUUAGAAUAAUUUAAUAUGUAUAAAAAUGAUUUAUAAUAAAAACUUUCUUAAAUUUUUUAUAUACAUACUUGCAUAUUAUAUAUAUUUUGGAUUAACCCUCCGUAGGCAGUUUCGGUCUUUUUUGUUUGAAGCAAAAUUCUUAAUCUCUCAAAUUUCUUUGCUCAAAUUCAAAUUUUUAUUAAAUAAAAGUUUUAACAUUAAAGGAGUUAGUUAUUUGAUAAUGUAGGAAUGUGGAAAAUGAUUAUAGCCGUGAAUUUUCCUAUUUUCCCUUAACUUUCUUAGUUUGUGCCAUAUGACUCAGAGAGACGGUCAAAAGACGUCCUUAAGAUCGACUUAGGAUUUGAAUAAUCUAAGGACAUCUUUAGGCUCGGCUUGGGACUUAGACGUCCCGAGAACGUCCUUUGGAUACAGUGUGCUGUGUGGGCAACUUAAAACUACGUCCAGUGGGUAUAACGUAGGCUAUAUAUAGAAUUCCUUUAGUUUAUUUAACAUUCUUUGGGAAGUCCUCAAAUUUUCAUCCUAGUAUAAUGUCCUAUGUCCGUCCCAUUAUUGUCCCGGGACAUUCAGAACGAAUUCAGGAUCAUCUCGAGGACGUCUUGUGCUAUUAGGGAAUAGUAAUAAAGCGAUAACGGAUUGACUCUGCAUUAUACUCGGCGGCAGUACGUGUUAUUUGCAUAAACGCAACCGCGUACGAGUUGAAAUCCAUCAAAGGGCCUAAUGGUGCCGCGUAAUCCGUCAGAGGCGCAGUAAAAAUGCAAUUUAUAAGAAAUAAUUGCAACGCACGACUUCGCAGCUUUGUCGCGUCGUAUUGUCAAAGUCCCUCGCGAUUCCGCACGCGUUGCUGGAAAAAAAAAUGAUAACGCGUCUUAAUGACAGCCGCGAAGACGACGGUAAAUCUGCAUCUCGCCAUUACCUCGCUUACGUUUCUGUAGCCACAAUCGCGUAUUAAUUGUCGUCGUAAUGCGUGAAAUGUUGUGUGAUUUAGGACUCAGAAAAAGAGCUCGAACGCACGAUACGUGUCACUCGGAUAAUGAAUUAUUUUUACAAGUUAUUCGGAUUACGUGGUACAUAGUUACACACGUAAUCACUUGGUGGAUUCAAAAAUAAUUAAGUGACGUUAUGUUUGUAAGAUCAAUCAAAGCGCAAAUAGCAUUAUUGAGGAUUAUGAUAAUUUGCAUAUAAAAUGCGAUUUAUAAAAAUGUUAAAUUACUGUUCAGAGAUCAUUUAAUAAAAUGUAAUAUCUUUUCAUCUAUAAAAUGUAAAAGAGUGAUAAAAGAUUGUUUAAUUAUAAUAUACUAGGAUAAUUUUGGUAAUAACUGCCAAAGUAAUUUAUUUUGCAUACUAUAAUGUAACAUUUUAUAAACAUUGUUAUACUCGACGAGACGAGCACACAAAACACUCACGAAGAGAAGAACAAACACACAGCACAAAAUAAUUAGAUACUCUCUUUUACUGAAAAAAGAACACUGACUUUAAUUGAAUGACUAUAUACAAUUAAUUGGUAGCGGAAUUAUUCAAAUAUCGCUUGACAGCUCCGCGUUCCGAAACAGGACAAAAGCCGGCCGUGCUUCUUCUGUCUCAUUGGGUGCGGUCCACUUAGCGCUACAAAUGUUUCGAAUUAUUUGGAGCGUUGUUUUAACCGGUCCACUUGAUACUACCAACUCUCCCAAAAGUAUCUAUGACGUCAUUAAAACGUCACAGAUUUCCCUUUCCAUCUCGCUUCCAAAGCUACAGCUUGGAGAGAUAGUACAAUUGAAGCGUUAUUUGAACAACGCGGGAAAGUAUAAUGACAAGCCGCCUGUUGUGUACAGGUUAAGUUUACUGUCGCACACGAUUACUUCGUUGCUAUCUUCUGUGCUGUGUUGGUUCGUGUGUUGUUCGUAUAUUGAAUCGAGAAAAUUAAAAAUAAUGCCGCUGUAAGGCUUCAUGACAAAAGUGCAGGACGUAUUUAUAAUAUCGAAGUUUCCGAAGAGGACGUAAUUAAGAUUAAUCAAGGUAAUAACGCUAUAAAUUCUAUAUUUAUAAGCAGUUUUGUUUUAUAAUUUAGAAAAACAGAAGUAAAGUAGUCUUACAUUUUUUUGUGUAAUAGAUGCUAUUUUCAACUAAAAUAUUAGAAGCUUACAAAAAUAAUCAAAAAAUACAAGACAAAAAUAUGGAAAUUGUCAAAGACCCUGAAGAUCUGCAAGUCAUUGAUUCAGAUGAUACAUAUUCUUUAUCGGAAGAUACAGCUCAAUCAAGUCAAGAGUGUACUCAAGAAGAUUUUCAAGGAAAAGAUAACUUUCGUUGGCCGCACGAGGCAGUUCUUUUAUUACUUACAUUGUAUACAGAACACGAAAAUGAAAUCAAAUUGCGAAAAAUGACUAUGAAAAAAUUUUGGAACAUGAUUGCUUCACAUUUAUUUCAAAAAGGAUAUAACGUUACAAGUUCUCAAUGUAAAAAUAAAAUGGCUGGUCUGAAAAAUACCUAUAAAAAUGUGAAAGAUCAUAAUUCAAAAAGUGGCAAUGAUCAUAAAACGUGGCGCUAUUUUGAUGUAAUGGACGAAAUAUUCAAUACAAAGCCGUGGAUAACACCAAUUCGUACAUUAGAUAGUAAUAAUCUUUCAUCAUCUUCAGAGUACAAUGAUAGUGGAGAUAAAGAACGAUCUUCAUGUAAAACUAAAAAACGUUCUACACAAAAUGAAGAAGCGAUGUCUCGUCAAGAUAAAUUGCUCAGUAUUCUUGAAAAAAUUGCUGAUAAGUAAACCAUGAAUGUUUGACAAGUUAAAUUACUCUGAAAUCAUUAAAAAUAGUUUAAAAAUUAUUUGCUCUCAACAAUAAGAUUUUAUUAAUAUACAAAUAAUUUUAAUAAAUUUUUUGAAGGUAAUAUUUAUUUUAUUAAAUUAUUAACGGAUUUUAUUUCUUUUUCUAUAUACCGCGGUACAGAUUAAUACAGUAUUUAACAGUUUCAUUGUAAUUUCUUUUUAUUAUUAUAUACGAGUUAUGAUUUAGUUUUUCGGGCUGUGUCAAAUUGAUUAAAGCAAAUUAUUAAAAAUGUUAAUAUUAUAAAAUAAUAUUUUUUUUGUUAAUUACUUAAGAUUAUUUAAAACUAGUUUAUGCGGGCAAUAACCAUUAACUUAUGCCGGAACCGGUAAAGUUCAAUAUUAGAAUUUCAAUGCUUCUGUUUAUCGAGUCUCGAUAUGUUGCCUGCAUAAACUAAUUUUUAAGACUGAAUAGAAAAAUAAGAUGUUUUGUAAAGAUUAACAUUUAUAAUACAGCAAUAGUUAUUACUAUUACAUAUAUCUAAGAAGCUUUUUAUAUAAUUACAAUGUGAUACAAAAAUACAAGAAUAAAAAUAAAAAUGAUUUAUAAACAUUUCA